UUCAUGGCAUCGCUCGGGUUGACUUGACGGCAUUUGUUAAUUUUUCGACUUUUCGUGACAGCACGUCAUUUUCGACAUUUGAUUGAUAAUUUUCCAAAGAUCCAUCAAAUUAGUUUGUUUGAAAGUUAGUUUGGGCGCUAAAUGUUUACGGCAUAUAAAUAAGCAUUUGUGAUAGAUAUGUGAGGAAGCGUAGGCCAUAUUUGGUUGGGUCCCCACAAGCUUCACAAUGAGUGUUCAGAAAUGCGUCGUGGAAGGUUGCGACUUGGAGUACGAUGUGGUUUGCAGCUUCUCCUUCUACAAAUCAAACAUAUGCACGGAUCAGGACACAAAACGCCAGGAAUGGAUCGAGGGAGCAAUGCACGAAGACAGCGAGUGUCUGUGGCGGCAUGUUAGCCUUCAUCUAUGCGGGUACCACUUUGAAUUGGACAAUCAGGGAUUAUGGAUAGACUCGCCGAUGCUGCCCGAGCUCCUCACUCCUCAGGGGAAGGAGGCGCAUGUACCUACCGAGGAGGAAAAGAAAGCGUUGGAACUGAUCCACAUUGAGCAUAACUACAGCGUGGAGAUGAAGGAAGACAAGCCUGAGAGCGUGUCGCGACUCAACGUGAGACAGCUGGUGGACACUCUCGGUUAUCUGUCUCUGAAGAACUUGCAGCGUAAACAGCUGUGGGUGGUGAAGGUGGAGACGGAGAAGGCUGAAGCCUCCAUCACUCAGUCGGAACAGGUCAUCACCAAGAUGCAGGACCCCAAGCAGAUCAUUGAGAUAAUCCCGCAGUCGUCGAGCGCUGGGGCGGAGGCCGGGGCGGGGUCGGGGGCGGGGGCGGGGGCGGGGGCCGGGGCCGCGGCGGGGGCGCACAGCGAGGUGCUGCACAUGCUGGAGGACGGCACCAUCCCCGACACCUUCAUCUACGAGAUCGCGGAGGAGCAGGAGAUCCCCAUGGAGGAGGUAAAAGAAAUCCCGGCAGCGGGCAACACAGAAUGGAUGGUCAACAUUAUACCCGAAGAGACGACGAAGCCCAAAUACGCUUACAUCAAGCAUUGCAACUCGGGCAAGAAGAAACGUCACUUCACAGCCGAAAUGAACGAGAUCACCUUACAGGGUGACUUCGAGAACUACUACAUUCUCCCCGAUGAUGUGGACCCAUCGUCCGGAGUGGAAAUCACAACGAGCUACGAGCCAGAAAACUAUAUCGUUGAGGAAUACCAACAUUUGGUCCUCGAAGACAGACCGAGGAAACGCAAGGAGCCAACGGAGUCCGGCAAAAAGAAACGGAAGAAGUUCUCUGCGGUCCGUGAUCAAGUCAAACAGCUGCAGAUCAAAAGUGAGGAUGGAGACUGGGUGAUCGAGAACACUGUGGCUUUCGAACAGCCCGGGGAAGAAUAUGAAGAUCCAAAGAAGACGCCGAGAGUGCGGAGAAAAAAUAAAAAGUAUUUAGGUUAUGAUCUUGACUGAAACCUGGUAUGGCGGGGGUCGCGUGCGAAGUAGUGUACGAAUGAGCCACGCGGACAGCCAAUCAGAGACGAGGAUUCAAACUGCCGGCUUGCUCUGUAAAUACGUUCCAUUCUCUCUCUUCAUAAUCUUUUUUAAUUGUAACUGGCCACGUUGAAAAGUUUAAAUCGUUUAUAGCGAUUGUAAUGUCUGAUAUAAUUGAUGUUUCUAAUCGAUUUCGAUCGUGAAGUUUUAUCGAUAAUUCAAUAUCAAUUUCCAAUAAAGAGUUAUUUUGAACUUUGAUAUUAUUGUAACAUUUUUUUAACACUACACAUACAUUACAAACUACAUACAUUACAAAUGACAUUAAUUCGAGGUGAAUCAACAUUAUUUAUACUGACCAAUCGAAACUUGAAGAGUUAUGGAUUUUCAAAGACUACACCAAAUUACGAGUUGUCGAUAUUUCACGGCGUGUAAGCGAAAAAUUCGGUUAAAAAACGCUUGAUCAAAUGUCGCUUGAGGAAUUUUCCAUCUAACUUCGUCUUUUCUUACAAGCCUUAUUAAUAUUAACAAUCUUACCAUAUAUUUCUAUGAUACAGCACAAUGUAAAUUAAAAUUGAUUUUUCAGGAGAUCACUUUUGUGGUUAAUAAAUGUUUUACUUUAGAAUGUAUAGGUUUCAAGUGAUAUUUGAUCCAACAAAACUCAACAAUAAGUAUUGUGAAAAUUAAUCACACUGGCGAGAAAAACAAUUCUCAUGUCUAAAGUGAUAUACGAAAUAUUAUCAAGGACAUGUUCUCUUUAAACAAAAAUAUUAAUAGUUAAGCAUUGUUUAUGCAUUCAUAAUAAUUUAAGUUUAAAUAUAUCAAUAAAAAUAUUAAUAUUUUGUUUGAUAAAAUAUAAUUUUGAUCACAUCAGUCGAGGAUGGAAAGCAAUAUGAAAACAAAAGGUACUAAUUCGCUUUACGUGUUCACAUGCUACUUAUCAGGUGGGCCGUAUGCAUGUUUGUUAGUAUAAAAAAAAACAUAGCUUAUCGUCUCUUUGUACAGUCGACUGCAUAUUAAAAUGUCCUGUUUAGACCCUUCAAGCUGUUAAUAACGUCGAGAUUGCAAUGAAUUUGGUUAGUUUGAUAUAUUCACUUAAUUAAUGACCAGUGGGGUUGGUGCGGGUUUGCAUUUCACUAGCACACACGCAGCGAACCAAUCACAUUGCAGUGUGGUUGUCGUUGCGUCACAAUGACGCAAUGUGAUUGGUUCGCUGCGUCUCACUUCGAAUAGAUUCGAUGGUGAGAAAUGAAAUUUGGUUUCACAGUUUUGGUAUUAUUUACUGAAUAAUCUGUAAAACUGCUUUCAAAUGCACUGCUGUAAAUUUACUUUCAAUAAUCAUAUUCUAUAGUCAUUUAAAUCAACAGACAUUUUGAAGUCAUUAUAAACGGUUUAGUGUAUGUGAUUGGUUAAAAAAGGCGCGAUAAUUUCCUAUUCUUUCUUAAACACUUGUAAGCGCCGCAAUGUCGAUAAACGAAUAAUUAUUAUGAAUUCGAGUUUGCAGAGUAAACCUGCAGAUGUUAGGGAUUACAGAGUGGUGCCUAAAUCCGUUUCUAAAGCAGACGGGAAAACGGUCAACGACCCCUAAUUAUCUCUUUUUUUGAACAACGCACACACACACACACUUCAGUGGACUUCGUGUGAAUUUUGCUAUUAACUUGUCAUUAUGGAAUCUUUUCGCUGUUAGAGUCAACCAAUCAGUGUGGCGUUGUGUUGUGACGCGACGAUGACAACCAUACUAAACUUGAUUGGCGACGUCUCACUGCGUAAUGAUUCGAUAGCGGUGUAUCGCUGGCCAAUGUUAAUAAAAUUUAGAAAAAAAAGCAAGAUUUAAAAAUUAUCGUUGUCAUUUUUUCCGUUUGAUGCGAAAACGGACUCGGAAUGGUGUAAUAUAACUAUUAAAAAAUCUUUGUUUUUAUUUGUAAAAUAAAUAUUAUUAUGUAUUAUCUCGCAAAUAAAUGGAUAUUAGGUUCAUUGGGAAUGUAUGCGAGUGAAAUAUUUAAGUCCGCUUCUUAGUCGGGCGGAAACACGGUCAAUGAACUGUGGGGCCGGCACGAAUUUUUGCGAGGACGCAACGCCGGCUAUACACUAAAAAAGUAAUAGAAAAACAAAUCAAUUGUCGUAUAUUUUCGUCCGAUUCAGAAUUCGAUUUAUUUGCACACAUUCUCAGUGCAAUUUUUUAGUGUGCGUUGCUUUUUUUUUUUUUGAGAUAUAUGAGCAAUAUGAAACUUGUUCUUAUACGAAACUAGCGGCUCGUCCCGGCUUCGCUCGGGUAAAAUAAUAAUAAAUAAUACACCCAAACCUUCCUCAAGAAUCACAGUAUCUAUUAAUGAAAUCCACAUCAAAAUCCGUUGUGUAGUUUUAAAGAUCUAAGCAUACAUAUGGACAGAUAGACAGCGGGAAGCGACAUUGUUUUUCAUAUGGGUUUUCACCGAUAGAUAGUGGGAUUCUUGAGGAAGGUUUAGGCGUAUGGUUUUACGAGCGACGCCGGGACGAGCCGCUAGUGUAAUAUAAAAUGAAUUGAGGACUUUUUGACCUAGGAUAAACUGCUAUACGAAAUGAUUUAACAAAACUAUACCACAUAUGUACAUACAUACAUAUAUAGUGAAUUGUACACAAUACUUUUUUUUUCAUUGAAAUAAAAAAAAUAAUCCCAAUAUUCAUUAAAAAGUCGAAGUAAACUUUAAGCUAAAGCAUGUUUUCUCUCGUUCUGUCAACGUAAGGUGUGAUAGUGACAAAAUAUACUUAAGCAUGAUUUUUUAUGAAUAAUCGUUAAUAUUUUAGCACAUUUCAAGAAAAUAUAUAAUAUCUUUGCGCGUAUUGUAAUAAAUCAAUUUUACCCAAAGAUAUUUCUGUAAGUUCAAGUUUCAUAUUGAUUUAAGUUAAUUUCAUACAAUAUUUUCGGUGUCAGAAUAUUUUUUUAUGUGCAAACGAUGUAUGUUUCUGUAAAAUUAAUAUAAAAUACUUUCUUUUUGUCAAAUUAAAUAUAACUGUAUGAUAAGCACAUUAUGUGUAUAGUAAUUAGAAGAUACAUAUAUUGAAAAACCAUGUUCAUUUUGUUUGAAUCACUAUAGUUAAGUACGUCUGUACGCUUAGAUCUCUAAACCACUCUAGAUUUUAAUAAGAAUUGUACAAUCGACAACAUAUUUAUGUAUCCAGGUCACACAACAAUGUUUGUCUAGAUAUUUUAUAUGUGACAGAUUAUUUUCCGUCCCAGAGGUAAAUAAUUCGCUUAUUGUCGCAAAAUUAGUACUAGUCGUGAAAUGCCAUCGCGUAAUGUCAGUCGCAAAAUGUCGUCAGAAUUUACAAUAACAUUUCUGAUUUUGGGCUAUACUCUGUAUUUUUUUAUUCAUCCAAAUUGUAUUCUGUCUAUUUUGUGACAUUUUGCGAAUGAAACAUUCUGCGACCGUAAUGAUUGAACGACGCUGUAUCAGUAUAAAAAUCAUAUGUUAUAUCGUCCUGUAUACCUGAAUGUUUUGUCGACUGUACUGUCAUUAAAUGGUUACGUGUAUAUUUUUCAAUGAUAUGUGUAAUUUUAACACUUGAAUUGUCAUAAAUAAGCUGAAAUAAACACAAAUCUAAACUAAAUAAUGGAUCCUUUUCGACUGAUUACUUUUUUUUUAAUGUAUAAAGCCUAUUUUAAUGGGUUUGUUAAUUUUAAGUCAUUUACUAAAAUAUAAUAUAGUCAGUUUAAAAUGGGUAUUAUGUAAACAUAGGUAUAUGGAAAUUCAUCCGAUGGAAAUCUUAAAGGCAAUCUGUUUUCAUUCUUUCCAAUUGUCAAAUAAAAAAAUCAAAUAUAAAAAAAAAAGUUGUAGGUCAAAUAUAAAAAAAAUAUUCAGUAAUCCAAGCGGUUGAAAAGUGUUUCAUAAGGCACAGGCAAAAUUCCAUGUUUUAUUUUUCUUGUAAAGUUUAUGUUGAACUAUGUGUAUGAAAUUAUACGGUCUGUCAAAAAUCGACGUAUAUUAUUAUGGAAACGCUUCCACGUGACCAUUUGCUCCUGUUUACUAUACCCUGGCUGGUCUUUGACGAAGAAUGUCACUUGCGCAAAAUGUCAUGAAUUUCUGCUCCUUGUCCUCGAAAAAUGUCAUUUUUCGAGCAGCAAGAAAUUGAGUCCACGAAAGGUUUUAUUCUGUCAUUCUGCGAAAGUGAAAUGUGUAUUUUACGUUGUCGUCUUGCGAAAGCGACAUUUUGCGUCAAUACCUGGUUUUGCUGUGAAUGGCUUAAAGUGGCUGAUUGUUCCUGUCCUAAAUAGUUUUAAUAUAAAAAUAUCUAAUGGAUUUGAAACUCAUGAUAAUAAAUUAUUCAAAUUGUUUACCGAUUCUACAUACGUUUUGACGUUGUCGAUACGAUUUUGCAAAAACUUGUGCUAGCACAACUGUUUAAAAUAUGACUUAUAUGUAUAUAAGUAAAUUAUAUAUUUUAAAUGUAAUUUAACUGCUCUUGGGCCGACAGUGCAUAGGUAUGCUUUAGCACGGGCUUAUCAAACGGCAGUUUGACGUGACCUCCUACAUAUGUACUUAGGAAGAAGAGUGAUUUUACUAAAUAAUCCUAACUAAUAUUAAAAUGCGAAAGUAGGUUUGUUUGUUAUCAUUUCACGUUCUAUCUACUCAACCAAUAUUCUUGGUGUUACAUGUAGUUUGAAGUAUGAAGAAGGACGUAGGGUACGUUUUAUCCCGGAAAAAUAAGGCGAGCAAAAGCUAGUAUGGAAUAUUGCGCUGUUAUCCCGCCAGAGUGCAGCACUGGAGUAAAUGUAAACAAUAGCGUAUUUUGACGAUGACACUUCUAAAGCUUGACAAAUGUCAUGCCUUGUGCGCCAUGGCAACGGGUGGUUUUGCGUUGGUGCUGCCCUCUGUAACACUGCGUAAUAUUCCUUAUUCUGUGAACUAGGCCUAAAUUUAUAAAAAUGUAUUAAUAAAAAAUUACUUUUACGCUAUAAAUUUGCAUAAGGAGUUAUUUGUAAAAUGCCACAGGAUGAGCAACAUAUAAUUUUGCAAGCCUUCUCUCGAUAGUUUCUCUAGUUUACACUGAUCGUAAACAGGACACUUACCUAUGUUUUAACUUUUUUUACAUUUCGUCGACAGAAUGUUUCAAUUUCUAGAUUCUUCCUCAGAAUAAGUUCUAAAGAGAAAAAUUUCGGCGAAGGCUUGCAGAAAUCUUAUAUUGUAUGAAUUUGUGCUAUGUAUACCGACUGCAGUGCAUAUUAGUCAAAGUAUAUAAAGGCAAGACAAAAGUGAUUCUUUUUAUUGAUUAUGUAAUUAUUAAAUAAGUCAGUUUAAUUUCAUUCAGUUUAUUGAAAUGUAGCUGGAUUUGCGUCCGAUUCUGGCUUAUUUCUUUUAAUGUACUUGCUCCAGUCAAUUUUAUAUAUUUAUUUGUCAUAUAAAAAUAUAUGUCGCACCACUUCUUUAUGUUAAGUUUUUACAUGUAUAAUAAGAUAUCGACAAUUUAGUUCCAGCUUAACUUUAAACGUUAGGUUAUAUAAUAACGUGCACUAGGAAUCGCCUUUUCGACACCGCUCCAACCCCGUAAAAUUGUGUUCAUUGAAAUGUAAGCUUUAUAGCGUCCGCAGAAGACAUACUUUGCAUUGUCAACAAAUUAGCGUACUUUUCGCUGUCAUCUCUCGUGUUGUCAAUGUAAAAUAUGUCGACUGUAGACGAUUUAAAGACCACUUUUCAAUGAAACUUUUUUAGGGUGGAGGAAUAGUGUGAUAUAAAGGGCGGUGCAGAUCUAAUGCAUAUGCUACACGUAUGCAUAGCAGAGUGUGCUGCGUACGCACUCGGUCUGCCCCGGUCUUAGUCGGCUAUGACUUAUAUAGUUUCCAAUCGUGGUGUAUAUUGCCCUGUAAUUAACUACCAUUAAAUAUAUUGUGUUUUAUUUUA